AUGAAUUUUCCAAGACUACAAGUUAAUGACGAGAACAAGGUUGACUAUAUGGUGUGUGGUUUCGGUUACCUUCCUUCUAUCGACAAGUACAAAAUUAUAAAAAUCUAUUACAUCCAGAACCAAGCCAUGGGAAGGGUCCAGGUGUAUACACUUGGGGGUGGCAGUUGCAGUGGCUGGAGAGACAUUGGAGAAACCGCUUACUCACUGCGACAUGAUUUAAAAAAAUACGGUUUCCUGCAUCAGCCUUGUCCGUUCGGUACAUUUGCAAAUGGAGCGCUUCAUUGGCUUGACAACGAGCGAAGGAUUGUGUCAUUCGAUUUGGCAGAUGAGAAGUUAUACAUGCUCCCAUCUCCACCUUUUGUCAGUGAUUCAAGUCCGGCAAACUGUUAUCGACUUCAGGUUUUGGGAGGAUGUUUGUGUUUUAUUCAUUCAAAGCUAAGGGGAUCUGAUAUAUGGUUUUUAAGGAAGAAAGGGGAAAACAGUAGUUGCAACUUGAAUGAGCAAGAGUACGGCUUAUUGACCUGGAUCAAGGAGUUACGUUUACCAGUUAGUGCAAUACCAUUUUCCGUUACAAAGAGUGGUCAAUUUCUAAUGUGGUACGGGUCAAAUCUCUGCAGUUAUGAUCCUAAGACAGCAACCAUGGAAAAACAUGUGCUAAAUGGGGAUUUCUGUCGUGCAGUUCCUCACAUGAACAGCUUUGUUUCGCUUAAAUCUCUUGGAGAAAAGUGUCGAUCCACAAAAAAGAUACGCCGUUAA